AUGUCUGCAGAAAAUGAAAUUGGUGAUUCUUCAUCCUCCGGUUCCGAAAUGGAACAAGACACUCCGCAUAAACAUAAAUCUGGUUUUAAAGGAGAAGGUGAUGAUAUAAUGCCGAAUCUUCCACCAAUAGUCAAAAAACGUGUCAAGGCUUUGAAAAAGUUACUUGUAUCACAAACUGAUGUUGAUACAAAAUUCUACACUGAACUUCAUGUUCUUGAAUGUAAAUACCACAAAGAGUAUUUGGCAUACUAUAAUAAGCGAAGUGAUAUAGUUCAGGGCAACUAUGAGCCUACCGAAGAAGAAUGUGAUUUUCCUUCUGAUGAAGAAGAUGAUGUCAAGGAUCUCUCUACAGAUAUGGAAGGAAAAGUAAAACUUGAGGAAUCUAAAGCUAAUGAUGGUAUAGUUGACGGUACUAGCGACAAAUUGAAAGGCAUUCCAGACUUUUGGCUAACUAUUUUAAAGAACACAAGUCUUAUUAGUGAUAUGAUUCAACCCCAUGACGAACCUAUUCUUAGUCAUUUGACAGAUAUCAAAGUUUAUCUGUUAGAAGAACCCAUGGGUUUUGCUUUGGAAUUCCAUUUUUCUCCUAAUGAAUGGGUUUUUACCAAUUACUGUAUUAACUAA